AAGCUAACGCCGUACGAGAAGAAGAAGUAUGUGUGGAAGCUGCUCUACAUAUUCAUGCUCGGCUACGACGUCGAUUUUGGCCACAUGGAGGCCGUCUCCCUCAUCUCCGCCCCCAAAUACGCAGAAAAGCAGGUGGGGUACAUGGUGACGUCAUGUCUGCUGAACGAGAACAACGACUUUCUGCGCCUCGUCAUCAACUCCGUCAGGAAUGACAUCAUCGGCCGCAACGAGACCUUUCAGUGCCUCGCCCUCACCAUGGUGGGCAACAUCGGGGGGAAGGAGUUCUCAGAGUCCGUCGCCCCUGACGUGCAGAAGCUGCUGCUGUCGAGCUCAGCGCGGCCGCUGGUGAAGAAAAAAGCAGCGCUGUGCCUGCUGAGGCUCUUCCGCAAGAACCCCGACAUCAUCAGCACUGACACAUGGCCACAGCGCAUGGCGAGUCUGCUGGAGGAGCGCAGUCUGAGCGUGCUCCUGGCAACCAUGUCGCUGCUCGUGGCGCUCGUGGCAGCAAACCCGGAGGCGUACCUGUGCUGUGUGCCCAAGUGCGUCAAGGUGUUGGAGCGCCUCGCCAAAUGUGUGGACAUCCCGCAGGACUACACCUACUACGCCAUUCCAUCUCCCUGGCUGCAGGUGAAGACGAUGCGGGUGCUGCAGUACUUCCCGUCCAUCGAAGACCCCUCCAUCCGCAAGUCGCUGCUCGAGGUGCUGGCGCGCAUACUGCAGGGCACGGAGGUGGUGAAGAAUGUCAACAAGAACAACGCCGCCCACGCCAUCCUCUUUGAAGCCCUUGCGCUGGCAAUUCACAUGGACGCAGAGAGGGAGGUGAUGCAGCACUGCGUGGGGCUGCUGGGCAAGUUCGUGGGCGUGAGGGAGCCCAACAUCCGCUACCUCGCCCUCGAGAACAUGGCGCGCAUGUUGAUGGUGGCAGACGUGCAGGAUGACAUCAGGGGCUUCCAGAGCCAGAUCGUGCACUCCCUCAAGGACCCCGAUAUCAGCAUUCGGCGGCGCGCGCUGGACCUGCUGUACGGGCUGUGCGACACCGACAAUGCCAAGUUCAUCGUCGAGCAGCUGCUGCAGUACCUGACGGUGGCGGACUUUGUGAUGCGCGAGGAACUGACCCUCAAGACCGCCAUCCUGGCAGAGAAAUUCGCAGUCGACCUGCCCUGGUACGUGGACGUGAUUCUGUGUCUCAUGGAGCGAGCAGGCGACUUCGUGAGCGAGGACGUGUGGUACAGAGUGGUGCAGAUCGUUACCAACAACGACGACCUGCAGCCCUAUGCUGCCUCGCGAGUGCUCAAGCUCAUGCGCAAGCCGGCGGUGCAUGAGACCAUGGUGAAGGUGGGCAGCUACAUAUUGGGCGAGUUCAGCCAUCUGUUGCCGCAGCAGCCAGGCUCCACAGCAGCGGACGUCUUUGCCGUGCUGCACGACAAGUUCCACACCGUCUCCAUCCCCACGCGCGCGCUCAUGCUGUCGGCGUAUGUGAAGCUGGCAGUGCGCUCGCCGCCCGACGAUGCGCUGCACGGCAAGCUCAUGGCCAUCUUCACUCGCUACGAGAGCAGUGUGGACGCGGAGGUGCAGCAGCGCGCAGUGGAGUACGCCUCUCUGUGCCGCAGGGGCGGCCCCGCCAUGGCCGACAUCGUUGCUGACAUGCCCAAGUUCCCUCAGCGCGAGUCCUCGCUGCUGCGCCGCGCACCGGACAACGAGGGGGACAGUGCGGAGGUGAGCGCAGUGAAGCUGCGCGCGCACCAGGCCAACGCCCUCGCCCUCGUCCCCGUCUCCGCCCCCGCCUCUGCCUCUGCCGCCAAGCUCCCUUCCGCCACUGCUGCCCCCGCUGCUGCUGAUGGUGGUGUGGGGCCGGUGCGACGACCACAGCCAGCCUCCUCUGCAGAUGACACCUCGUCGUCGCCACCCCCGUCCACCACCCAGCCUGCACCCGCUCAGCCGCCCACCUCACUGGUGGACGAGCCAGCAGCCGCGCCCCCACCUGCAGCAGGCAACGAGCUCGCCCUCGUGCCUGCGGACUCUGCCAACGCUGUGGGCGACCUGCUGGGGGAGCUGCUCUCACUUGAUCCCUCUGCCUCCGCCUCCAACGCCCCUGCUGCUGCUGCGGCCGCCCCUGCUCCUGGUCCUGUUGCUGCUGCUGGUACUGGUGGUUUGGGAGGAGCCGAGGCCGGGGCCAUGGCACUGACGCUCUUUGACCAGACUGCUGCACCCGCAGCUGUGGUGCAGGUACAGUGGGAUGCUGUGGUGCAGGUACAGUGGGAUGCUGUGGUGCAGGUACGGUGGGAUGCUGUGGUGCAGGUACGGUGGGAUGCUGUGGUGCAGGUACGGCGGGAUGCUGUGGUGCAGGUACGGUGGGAUGCUGUGGUGCAGGUACGGUGGGAUGCUGUGGUGCAGGUACGGUGGGAUGCUGUGGUGCAGGUACGGCGGGAUGCUGUGGUGCAGGUACGGCGGGAUGCUGUGGUGCAGGUACGGCGGGAUGCGGAGGUGGUGUGUUGUUGUGCAGUUACACACGGGACAGUGCUGCCCCCCUCCCAUUCUUCCACAUCCGCCCUUUUCCCCCUCCCACCCUGCCCUGCGUGGCAGCCACUGGGCAGUGUGGCGGAGUGGUUCAGGGCGCUGAUGGGCAAGGACAGCGGCGUGCUGUAUGAGGACCCGCACCUGCAGAUCGGGGUGAAGAGUGAGUGGAAGCCACCGCACGGCCGCCUGGUGCUCUUCCUGGGCAACAAGGAGACGGCGCCGCUCACCGCUCUCACCGCCUCCACACCACCCACGCCCGGCCUGCGAGUCAUCCUCUCGCCGCUGCCUCAAGUCAUCCCCCCCCGCGCCCAGAUCCAGCUACCAGUGGAGGCGGCAGCAGUGCUGGUACCCAGGGAGGCGCCGCGCCUGGACAUGGCGUACAAGCUGCCGUCGGGCACGCGCGUGCCGCUGCGCCUGCACCUGCCCGUGGCGCUCUGCAAGGCGCUGCUGCCGGCGUCGCUGUCCUCUGCUGACUUCUUUGCUCGCUGGAAGACCCUCUCUGCUCCGCCGCACAAACAGCAAGUCGUGCUGAGAGGAGUGAAGCCGCUACCGCUGCCUGCACUGGCACAGCUGCUGGCAUCCAUGCGCAUCAACCCACUGCCCAACCUGGACCCAAACCCCAACAACAUAGUGGCGUGCUGCACGUUGCAUACAGAGACCACCCCGCCCACCCUCCUCCUCGCGCGUCUGGAGACGGACCCAGCGGACCGCUCGCAGCUGCGCCUCACCUGCGCCUCCUCCGACCCCACCGCCUCCGCUGCGCUGAAGGAAUUUAUCAGCGACAACAUCAGUGAGCUGCCGCCCGCCUGGCUGCAGCCGCCCCCAGUGGCCGCCCAGCAGCAGCAAGGGGGAGCCGCAAUGCUCGCCCUGCCCUGGUCCGGUGCCCCUGCUGCUGCUGCUGUUUCUUCCCCUCCUGGCCCCACUGCCCUCGCCCCCUCGCCCGCUGCCCCUCACAUGGUGCUUCCGGGGGGUGCUCCUCCCCCUGCUGCUGCCGGCAUGGCGCCCAUGCCGUAUGGGGGCAUGCCCAUGCAGGGGCCUGAGAUGGGCAUGGCUGGACCCAUGGGGAUGGCAGGGCCAGGCAUGCCUCCUCCCAUGCAGAUGGGCGGCGGCAUGGAGCCCGAUCCACCUGAUGGCGCGAGAAACGGCCUCUCCGUUCUGGGCGUCUUACCACGCCUUAGCGAGAACUACGCCGUGCCCAUCGCACAGCUGCCGCCUCGUGAGCCGUCACCGAAUGAACUACAUACAAGCAGCAGACGCUCUGGAGCGCCCCUCCUCCCCGAGACGCUACGCCAUGCUCCUUCGGCCGAUCCGAAGCCACCCACCGCUCUGGCAGAUGCUGAGUACGAGUCGGUGAAGAAGACGUUUGACGCGCACACCGCGUAUGGGGCGAAGGGUGAGGGUGCGCGGGAUCUCCAGAUUGGCAGCAUCCGCACUCACUCCGCGACCCGUGCACACAAGAACGCGGUGGAGAAUCAGGAGAAGGCGGAGGCGGAGAAGGCAAAGCAGGCCACACUCACUCGGUGGCAGGCCACGGACGCUUCCACCCGUCACAUCAUUCGGCUCCUCCACAUCGCCCUCUUCGUCUGCAAGGCCGACGCACCCAUAGCGAUGUUCGUCCCGCUGUGCUGGUUUCUGGCGAAGGAGUGGUUACCAGACCUUCCUCCCGGUGGCGGCUACGGCGCGUACUACACAGAGGAGGCACUCACUGCUAGUGAUGCUGCUGAAGAGGUACCUGAGCUGCUAAUGAUUGACGAUUUCGUGCGCGCCUUCGCUGACCACAUCGGCCGCAGCAGCGUGGACUACCAGAAGUUUCAAGAGAUGCAGCGGAUAUUCUGCCAGACGAAUCUAGAGGCGCAGGGGAUUAGCGAUACCCGCUGGCUCGUCCGUGGUGAAGCGAUCCAGCGCCUGCUCGACGUGCUCCCUGCUGCCAUAGUGGUGCUGAAGGAUUACAAGGCGGAACUGUACAAGGUGGUUACCUCGUUCAAGUUCCACUGGCUCAUCCGCUUUCUUGCGGAUGUGCUGUGGGAACUAAACUGCCUCAACCAGCGCUUCCAGCAGCGGCAGGUAAGCGCCUUUGUCGCUGUCGUUUAUGUGGUUGCAAGCCUUCUCGUGCACUACCUGACUCCUUCUCAUGCCCUGGUGCAGGUGGAUGUUACCCUUGUUGCGCACAUCGUGCAGCAGACAAGGAUACGUCUGAAGAGGCGGUAUUCCCUCCGUGACCCUUCACACCAUUUCGGCAGCGGGGAGAAAAUGCAGCUUCCCGAGUUCAUUCAGAGGCACCAGGCGAAGGAUAAGCGGGAGAUGAAGGCGGAGGGCGUGGACGGGGAGGGGAAUCCCGUCACGUUUCAAUUCACGCUGCACGAGCGCCCGCUGCCAGGGCAUGAAACGGAUGGCGAUGUCACGGCGUGCGUCGAGCUGUCGAUCAAGUACGUGCGCGCCAUUGACAAAGAGCUGGAGUGGCGGAUGCGCGACCUGCAGCUGCUGGAAGGUACGAAGCUGUUUCGCACAGCUUCGUACAUGCCCGACGACACGAAGCGCGUGGAAACUUUUAAGAAGUGGCUCGGCCAGCUGCACAAGUUGUACCACAACAAGUUGCCAGGUAAGCCUUGUGCAGCGAUAGCAAAACUUCUGACGUGA